AGUUGUCGGAAUAUUACAUUUUUAAUGAUGUUUUUCUGAACCGAAGCAUGUUUACCAAAAUUUCUGUUUUCCAGUUGAAGUAUCUGGUGAGAAGAUGAGUUCUCGGAAGAAGACACCUUUCCAGAAGCAUAGAGAAGAGGAAGAGGCAAAGAAAAAGAGGGCAGAGGAUGAAACAGCUCGUCUGUAUCAGGAGUUUGUGGAAUCAUUCCAAGCGGAUAAUACGCCAGGUUCCAAGGCAUUUGUUAGAGGGGGAACCAUCAAUCCAAAUGAUAAGUUGAAGAUCGAUUCAGAAGGUGGAAAUUCUAAAGAUGAGGGUUCAGGUUUAAAGAAGGGAAGUAGGUAAACUAAUGCUUUUGAUUGACCAUGUUACCAUGUUACUGUAAUUUAGGAUACUGAAUACCAAAUUUUUCGUGAUGAUAUCAUUGUAUUUAUUAGGCUUUUAUAUGUUUACUUGUUUCCGGAUCGCUUUGUGUCAUUGACAGUUAGAAAUUAGAUUUGUGCAAAUUCAGUCUUCCUUUGACUUACCUUCAAAUGAUAAAUAUGUUGCUAAAUGACAAAUUCUUAUGAAAUAGUCAAUUGUAGCUUAGGGUCACUAAAUCUGCCUUUGCAUUAGGAGUUUGAUCACUCAAUUUUCAGGAACUUUUCAUACAAACAAUUUCAAUGAAAUACUCAUCAUCGAUUCAACCUCCAAUAAAAAAAAUAUACCUUGGUUAUAUGUCAUCUCUUCAACUUUAGUAAUGAGCGUAACAACCCAACUGUUCAAGUGUCAGUUGGAGAACAUUUUUGUCAAUCGGGGAAGGUGUAUGUGUUUUUGCGGGUAUUAGUGUAACUGAUUUUACUACAAAAUACAGAUAUCCAUAUUUUUGACCACGACUUGCAUGUCAUGUCAUUGCUCGUCGAAUUGCUUCUAUUUGUAUAGGUAUAAUCCAAGCAGGUUGAAGUGCCAAUUUCUGCAUAUACACCCAAACUGGUCAAUGGUGUCGGCAUAUGAUAAAUCUGACCAAAUCAAUUUACUAUUGGGAUGCCCUAAUAGGGCAUGCAUUAUAGUAUCAUCAAUGUUUCCUCAUAGGAAACUCUUCGUGCUUUGGCUGUAUUUAAUUUCAAUCUUGUACUUAUGUAUUUGGUUUUAGGAGAUGAAUUUUAGCUAGCCUUGAAAUUGAUUUAAUCAUUUUAUACAUUAGCACCAGACUUCAUCAUCUCUCUCACAUUUUUCUUAAUUAUGAAAAUGCUAGCUUAGUUAAAAUUUCCACUAAUGAU